CUCAAGAGAUGAAAGAGAAAAAUCUUGCCCUUGUUGUACAGUUGACAGAUAACGGGUUUCUUGUGCUGUUACACUCGUCUUACUUUCUCUCUUAUGAAGAUGCAAGGUUAAAUAAAACUGAGGCACUGCAAGGCAUGUUCAUAUUUCCAGAAUCCAGAGCUAUACAGAGAGAUACCAAGAGCAGAUGGACAAAGGUGGAUCUGUCACCAGAUAUCAUUCAGGUUCUCCCAGCACUAAACUAUGCUGAAACUGAGGUUGCGAAAUGUCCUCCCGUUCAGUCAGGGGCUCUCUGCAACACCUUUGAGCAGCAUCUGCAGAACUACGCUUCUCUAAUUCACCCAGGAAUGUCAUGCAGUCCUACAAGAGAGGCCAGCAUAUUUCCAGAUCAGUAUGAUGUGCCUCAAGGUUUCACUCUACUUUUACCAUCCCCCAGAUGGACGACAGAGGCAAGGUCAUGUCUGAAGUCAUACCUUGAGCAUCCGGGUUCCUUCACAAUUCUAAUGACAAGAGCAUUAGAGCUUCUUGCUGCAGGCCGACAACAACGAAGUGAUGAUCAAGAUGAUGACGUGUAUUACUGCCUCUCAUCUCCUGAAGACAUCUCUGCUAGUGUGCAGGAAGAAGAUGAUGUGAGGGACCAAGUUAAUACAGUCCGUGAUGAACAUAAUCACUGUGUACAUAGUCCCUCUGAAUCAGAGGUGCAGGGAAACCAGGAAGAUAUGGUCAGUGAAGAGCCUGUACAUACAGCUUUGGAGAACUGUGAAACAAGUAAUGCAGAAACAGUGACUGAGGUUGAUGGUCUCGCAGAGUUGCCUGAUUCAUCAUCCUCUCUCCUACCAAGUGACCUGCCAAAAGAAAUCAAUGCCAGUUUAACUGGAACUGAAGACGGUGUGUCUCCAAAUUUGACGGUGCAAGUUAGUGAUACUCACUGUGGGGACUAUGAGACAAAUCAGAAUCCUUUGACAGAAAAUCAGACAAAGGUACCUAGUAUAAUAAAUCGGAGAUACUCAAAAAGAAGACGGAAAAAGAGACACAAGAAAGGUUUGCAUAAACUCUUUCAAAAAGAACCUGUUUUUAAAACAGAAGAUUUGUCGUCUAGUUUACCACCAUCAUCAGCCGAAAUUCAAACUCAAACUGGAAAUAAUGACAUAAAAGAAGUAACUCCCCCCAAAAAAGACUGGAGGUCACUCCCAAGACGUAAAAAACAUUGGACGUUUGAUAUUAGUGUGAAGAGGGUCUUGAGAUCAGAUGUGGGCAGGAUAGAUGACGGAGAAUCCAAUGCAUUGGAAAGUGAGAGCAUCUCUGUCAAAGAAAGUAUAGCCGGUGCAACAAAAAGGAAAAUGGAUGGUUAUAAUUUGAGGAAUCGCUAUGGCUUAAAGACAAUAAUUACAGAUUGUGGUCAGAUCUUUGUUCCUCAUGGCUCAGAGGUCCAGGACAUAGAAUCAUUAAAAGAGAAGCUGACGGCAAAGACCAGUGAAAAUGAUCUUCAGGAAACAGGUAUCGAACUUUCAGAAAAUCACUCUCAGUCAACAGAAACAGAAAAGCAGGAAAGCAAAUCUACUGAGAUGGGAAAGCAAGAGAGCGAAUCUGUAGAAUACAAGGAUUCUCAAGUUGUCCCUGAGCCAGACAAAUCCAAAGAAACAAUAAGUUGUCAGGGAUCCCCAAUGGAAACUUCACGUUCUCCACUAAUAGAGAAACUAGGUCCUUUUCCUUUACCUGGUGAUACAUCAGACACACAACACUCUCCAUUAAAGACAGAGACAAAAAGCCAGGUCUCUCCUGGGCUAAGCACGGAAAUUGCUCAGUUGAGAAAAACAGACGGAGCAUUGUUGCCUCAAGGAACUCUCAUGGACUAUUCUCAAAAAGAAAAGAGAAAAAUCUCUCACUCUAAUGACACUGUCCUGUGUGUAGACGGAGACUCUAAAAUACCAUCUCCUAAAAAACGCAAAAAGAAAAAGGAUUGUGAAUAUAAAUCAAUACCCAUAAGUAAACUGAAGACAAUUCUCACAAGAAGGAAGAGGUCCGGUGAUAAUCACACGGAACCAGAAUUAAAGAAAAACAAAUGUGAUGGUGGUCUGGGCAGCACACAGGGAACAGCUGACUCAAAUGCUCAAAAUGAAGGGCAAGAUAAAGAUGGGUCUUUCUCCAACAGUUCAGGGCAUGUUCUUAGCAUGUUAGAGCCUACUGUUGAGGCAGAAAGAAGAUCUGAUCUCGAGGUACAAUUGAAGAAAGAUGUUCAAGAUUGCAAGAAGUUGACAAGACCUGUGAAUUUGGUUAAACCACUGAGAGAACAACAAAGAAAUCAGCUUGAAAUUGCAAAAGAGAACGGAUGCCUCAAUUUUGAUACAACAGCCUCUUGUGAAAUAAUUAAACAAGCUGAUUUCCAACAAAUCAAUGCUACUCCUGCUAGGGAUGGGGUGGGAGGAAUAUGUAUUGGAUCUGGUGGGAAGAACUGCAAUAAGGAAAGGCAUUGUGCACAUACAAGUCUGCCCCCAGAUGCUCUAACAUUACUUGCUGAUUUGGCCCUCGAUGCAAGUUGUUACAAGCCAGUGCAAAGCUCACCUCUAGAAAGUGAACCUGGCCAAAGUGGAACACACAUUAGAGUCAAGGACAGUGGCUCCUCUGAGUCAGUCCUGCAUGCUCUGUUGCGGUGCCCCUCUGCCAAAGACAAAACAUCUACAAGAUCCCCUUUACCUGAGGGUUUUAUGGUCACUGGGGAGUUGAUUUUGGUCAUUUCAAAAGAACAUUCUUACUCACAGCCCCGCUCUCUGCCGUUAGGUUUGUCAGGUGUACCCCAUCAGAUAGCUCCUUCAUCUGGAUAUGCAGAGUCCAAUCCCACCUUGAGUCUGGGGCCAACCAUACAGCCGGCCACUCACAACAGUGAAGAUGGUAUGUCACUGCAAAUACUGCGGAAUCACACCACUGACCUGCUGUGCCAUGACGACAGGAGCAAAAAUGGGUGGAGAAACCUGUCAUCCUUGAACACGUCACUGCCGUCAUCUCACAUUGUCAAAGCUCGGAAGGCCAAGUUCAACCACAUCAGACAGAUCACAGAAAAAGAGGGUCUCAUUCAAGUAACAAAGCCUUGGAAGGAAAAAUAUGACUUUAGCUUUGACAGUAAGUUUACCCGUGACCUGAAGGAGAGGACAGUGUCAAGGGCUCUACAUGGCCAAUGGGAUUUCAACAUUGAAGACACCUAUGAAGACGUCCAUCUGAUCUACCACAUGUGGAUUGGUCUGUUCUACAGCAAACCCACCUCAAGGUUUUUUCAUAUUGACGCAGACAAUCCGCCACUAGAAGAGCUGGAAACAGUACCAUGGAUCCAGGAGCUGGAAGUAAUCCACUCUCCCAUGACAGAACAAAAUUUCAAGAAAUGUUCCUCGGAGAGGUCUUCAAUUGCUGUUCCUGCUUUGCAGCCUCUAGAAACAGGACUUUUAGAUUUGAGUGCUGAGCAUGACAGAGAUGUUCAGACUUUGCAUGUUCAGUCUGAGGUGUUGGACCUUUCCUUGAAAACUUGUGAGAUCGUGGAUGUUGACCUUGACUCAAAUAAAAACAGAAACGAUCAACAUGAAGGAUUCCUUUCGGGACCCGAGCACUUACCAAGGAGGAAACAUGUUCUCUCUGCACCUCAUUCAAAACAAGUCACAAAUCGGACAAAGCAGAUGGAUCACAGAGGUAGAGUGGACUCAUCAGAUGGAAGAACCGAUGGUGAUAGUGAUAACGAAAGCAUUUCUGAUGACAAAGUUAUGAAAGACACUACAAAUGAUGGAGUCACUGAAAGUUCUUUCACCAAACACUCGGAAAGUGAUGCUGAUUACAUGGAGUUGUGUGAACAGACAUCAAACAUGUGUAUGAAGGAAAAGGAUUUCUUGAAAAUUCAAAAAGCCAUUCACAAUGCUGAAUGCAAGAUUUCACAAGAUCCUGAGCAAAAAGAGAGCAGUAGAUUUCAUCGAGCGCAUGAGACCUCCAGCUCUUCAGUGAACUUUGAUACCAAAGCAGUAACUGUAUUCCAUCAGGUGCUGCAUACCAGUAAGCCACUGAUGCUCAGAAAAGCUACACCUCUGAGCAAGAGAAAUAAUGCGUCAAAAGCAGGAUCUGAUGAGAACAAGACACAAGUUGGACAAUGCACAGCAGAGCAUGAUGGAAACGAUUUAAGAGCUUCGCCAACAGACAAUACGUAUAAAGAUGAUAGCCCCCUGAAUUGUGGAAGCAAUCAGGAAAACAGAGUUCUCCAAGUGGCGCUUGAAGACAAAGUGCAUAGUGGCAGAGACUAUGGGAAUAAUAUAGGUGCUGCAGCCGUUGCGGUGCUAGAUAUUGACAUUUCAGAUGAGCAAGCAUGCAGUGCAGAAUCUGACAAGAAUAACGCCAGAGAGAAACCAUGUACAACUACGCUCGACCAGGUUGAUUCUACAAUUAUGGAUGCACAGGAUAGUCGUUUAACUGCGGGCAAGAAAUCAGCAGAACAAGUUGUUCUUGAAUUAGUGACAGUGCCAGAAAAAAAUUACAUUAAAGAGCCACAGAUAGAAGUGCGUGAUGGCAUUGAUUCUGAGGGCAGCAAACAUGUGGAGAGACAAGAUGAGAAUGAUUUGGAGAGCAGGGCACAGCAGGAUGUUUGUAGUGAUAAUAAGUCCAAAGAUGAGGUAUGUUCUGCAGAGCGAGAAGGCGAUUCCCUAAUCAAGGCUGAUAACAUACUGGAAGUGAAUAAUUCUACAGAUUUAGAACUUCAACCAAUGGGUGACGAUCCUGGAAACAUAAAUAUCAGAGAAGAGGAUAAUUGCUGUGAAGGUGAUGUUAACUCUAUAAGAAAUGACUCUGGAGCUUUUUCCUCAAAAGAGGAUCUCACUAGAAAUGUUGUAAAUGAUAUGUGUAUCCAGACAAGUUUCAUGAACAAUUCACACUCAGUGGAAAACGAGAACAGUUGUGAAACCCCAAUGGUUCAAGGUAAGACUUAUUUCAAGACUGAACAAGCUGAGAGUGACAGAUUGCUUGUUUUAGAUUCUGUCUGUUCAGAAAUAAGCAGUGAAGAUGCACAAGAAGGGAGAGAUAUUCGUCAAGCAGACAGUGUCAAAGCUGUUAGUAACAUCGACUGGAGCUCAGAUGUGUUACCCGCCUCCAGAAAAUUCUGCGACUUGGAUGAGGAACCUACUUCUAGUCGCACAUACUGCACAGAGAAUGUCAUGGAUAAAGGGGACAGUGGCAAUAGUAGUUUGGCAUCCAAGGAAUUUGAGCAGCAAAGCAAUGUUGAAUCAGUCAACAAAAAAUGCUACAAUGGGCAUCUUCCAGGGCAGUUUCUUAAAUCAAAGGAUGCAGAGACUUUGUCAGAAUCCCAUAGCUCUAACCUCCAAGAUAAACCAAAAAAUACAUGUGACACUUGCCUACAAGACAGAGACUCAGAGGAUUCAUCUCUUGGUGGUAUGUCAAAGAAUACCUGUGGCAUUACAGAAAUGGCAUCAUUACAAUCAGAAGGAAAGGGAGGUCACACAAUUAAUUUGGAGAAAAUGAGUCACAAGUCAGUGGCAGUUGUUACUAAGGACCAAACUGAUCCUUCUGAUUGUCAGACAGGUUCUAGUCCUAUGUCUGAAAGUAUUCAAGAAUCGGAGAAUCAAGAACAGUAUGUGCCUUAUAGUAAAGAACUUCUCUCAAGUGCUGUAUCCCUCUGUCCUGAUACAGAUGAUCAAGAAUGGGACAUUUUAGAUUACAGCAUGAAAAACACUUGCUCUUUCAGAAGAGAUCAAGCUGAGGAAUUAGAGGCAAGUACAUCUUCACUUUCUGUAUCCCAUGUAAGAGAGAGCAAGCAAGAAUUUGACUGGCACACAUACUACAACAGAGUGAAGGCACAUAAAACAUUGAGCAAUUUGAAGGAAGUGGAUCGUGUCUCUCAUUUUCCUCCCUUAUCCCUAGUUACUGUGUUCGAUAGGAGAGGUAACAGGUUUACACGGCAAAACUAUUCCACUGAGCCCACCAAAAAUACAUCGAUGAGCAUGCAAAACCGAACCAUGUCAGAAAAAGGCCUUGGAAAGUUUGUCCAAAAAUGGGAGGAUCGAUACCCGUUAACAUCCGACGUUACCCAGUCCUCAGUGGAUCAAGAGCACCUUAUCUUUUCAGAAAAAAUGAAUCAGAUUAUCAGACGCAGUCGGACUUUCUCCGGGACCACAGUACAAAGUCACAGAAAUGCAGAUUCUGCUCAUAGUCCAGUGACCAUUGAUUUCUCCUGUCUGGAUGAGGAGAACAUUUCAGAGAAAUUUGAUCUGUCUGUGCCCCAGCUCUCUCAAAUUAAGGUGAAAGUGGACAUGCCAGAGAGGAUGGGAACAAGGAGAGAUAAGAAUGAAAAUAUGCCUCUCCGCCUCCGCAGAAUAUUUUGCGAAGACAACAGCGAGGCAGCACAGUCAGCAAUCUCCGCUGUAACAAAAGAAUGUGCUUUGUCACACAAGGCUAUGAUGGAUGACGUUUGUGCUGGUAAAGCUUUAUCUUGCCAAACUGACAGCACUAAAAAUGAAUGGGAUCAGUCUAUUCACACAAGUUGUCAGAUGGCUGAAGUCUGUGGUCAACUAAAGAAGGACAUGUAUGCCAGACUACAUGAUAAUCUUAACUCAGUUGUGAGGCAGGCUUGCAAGAUAAAGUAUAAGUUCUAUAUCUUGGAGACAUCAGCGGAUCCUUUCUUCAAAGAAACCAGGGACAUUCUAGAAGCAGAAGGACACAUAGGAGUUGAGCCUCAUCAGUUCAACCUUAAUAGCAAUGCCUCUUCACCUCUUCUCAUCAUAUUGAGAAAUGAAGAUAUUGCUGAGCACAUUUGCGAGGUCCCUCACUUGCUUGAAUUGAGAAAGUCAUCCAGUGUCUUAUUUGCUGGCGUUGACCGACCUGAUGAUGUUGUAAACCUCACUCACCAGGAGCUUUUUGUCAAAGGUGGCUUUGUGGUGUUUGAUGGAACAGCACUGGAGACACUAAGUUUGGACAACAUGAAAAAGAUUGUGAGCUUCUUGGAGGAGUUGAGCAAAAAAGGCAGAUGGAAGUGGUUUCUGCACUAUAGAGACAGUCGCCGGCUUCGAGAGAGUGCACGAUCCAAUCUAGAGAUGGGUAAUAGGAUGCAGUUUAUGGAAUGCUGUCAAGAAGCAGGCAUUGUGGAGGUUCUGCCCUACCAUGAAUGUGAUGUAAUUUCACGACCAGAGCCAGACUACCUCCCCUGUCUAGUGCGUCUCCAGGUCCAAAAUGCCUCAGCACGGUUCCCUGUUUUCGUCACAGAUGCACCAACAGAAUCUUUUGGAGAGAAUGGGAUAUUGACGAUGAAUAUCAACACUUUCUCAAGGAUUCUGUCAAAUGACACAUGUUGUAUUUCUUAAAUAGCAUAAGUAGAAUUUAUCAACAGGGAUAUUUUUCAAAACUGUGUUUUGCAGUUAUUCUUUACUCGUUCAUAUUCCUCCUUUUCUACUGAAUGUGCUAGAUUUGAUAUAUACAUGUUCUGUUUUUUUUUGUUGUUUUUUUUUUCUUUUAUUUUGUUUUUUGCCUUAAUUUAUAUACUAACUGCCAACAGAUUUCCUGUUGAUUUUAAGAGAGUUCAAGACAGCAGAUUUUAAUAAAAUACAUCAGUACCUAUUUGAAAAUUUUGAUUUUAUAGAUAAUAUUGAUUUAUACAGAUCUUAUUAAAGCUGUUCCAUAUGUGUGGAUGUAUAUGGUACAUGACUUUGUUUUAGUCUACGUCAGACACAGGCAGUAAUUUU